AUGGCAGUCUUAUUCCGACUGCAUGUAUCAUGUCAUGAUCGUCUUAGCCUAGUACCGGUACCGGUAUGCCUAUUCUGGGUUUUGGUGGUUGUGAGUCUCUUCAGCAGCAGCUACCAUCAGGCGUCGGCUGAAGAAAUUGAAAUUGUAAUUGUAAUCGAUCCUUGGAUCAUUCCGUUUGACAACCUCCCGUAUCCGGCAAGGUCAGCGGUUCAAGGAGACGUGGUUUCGUUUCGCUACAGCGGGAAUCACAAUGUCUAUGUGUCUUUACAUUCAAGUUCUGACUCUCAAACAGGCGACGACGACAACGAGUCAUCCUUUCGAUGUGACACGCAAAAUGCGACAAUUGUGGGUGCUUCGGGUGCCAGCAUUGCCAACUAUACUUUGCCGCUAUCAGAUGGCAGUAGCAGCAGCAGCAGCAGCAGUCAGAGUUUGAUAACAACUGCGACCUUCUUUUGCAACUACACAAGCCACUGUGAACGAGGUCAGCAGCUUCAAUUCAACAUUUAUCCUUCAAGAGACAACAUUCCUCCAACACAAGCCCCUUCAAUAAUUCCGACCAUGCUUCCAUCGACAUCUGUACCAAGUAUGGCUCCAACAGUGGAAGUGACCGCACCUCCAUUUGUGCCGCUAUUCAAUACCACUUUCGCGCCAACGACGUCCGGUUUGGCUUCUCAGGCUAGUAGUAGGCCUUAUUUGCCUUUGAUGAGAAUAUGGAAUUUAUCCAAUGCAAUGGCAUCAUUGCUGAGUAUUGUUGUCACGGUCCAGCUGUUGCUUCAGUAA